AUGAAGCAUACCCCUAAUCAUUAUGCUCCUAUAAGCUCUCGCCCUCAAAUUCCAAUAACUUCUAUGAACGAUCCAAUUAAAAACUACUGCUACAGGCAUCAACCAAAUUCAAAAUGUAGAAAUACAGCCGAUGAGCCAUCUAUGGAACUUUUACAAAAAGACCUUGAAACACUUUCACAGAGUGAUCAAAAGAGUAUUUCGCUAGUUUGGUCUCUCUUCUCUACUGCAUCUGCAAAACGUAGACACCUUAUGCUUCAAGGCAUUCUAGCACAAUGUUGUUUCCCCCAGCUAUCAUAUCUAUCUACUACUGUCAGGGAAUUGAUCCGCAUAGAUUUCAUAACGGCGCUACCUACUGAGAUUUCUGUAAGAAUAUUGUGUUUUCUCGACACGAAAUCCUUGUGUAAAGCUGCUCAAGUGAACAAAGGGUGGAAAAUACUAGCCGAAGAUGAUGUCAUAUGGCACCGUAUGUGUGAGCAACAUAUUCACAGAAAGUGCACCAAAUGUGGAUGGGGCCUGCCAUUACUUGAACGAAAAAAACUAAGAACAUGGAAGCGCCAGAAAGAAUUACACACUACUGAUCUUAGGUCUAAGACAAAAUCACCAGUUCCUCAAGCCUCGCUCAAUAUAAAUGAUAGUCCCGCAACAAUACAGCUUUCUUCGAAGGCUUGUUCUAAAAGAAUGGUCGACGAGCUUGAUUCCGAUAGUUCUGCUGCUGAAACAAGUUUAAGUCGAUCUAAAUGGAACCAGCGUGAUGAUGCAAUGAAACCAAAAUUUCGACCAUGGAAAGAAGUUUAUAAAGAUCGAUUUCAAGUUGGCUCAAACUGGAAGUAUGGGCGCUGCUCAACAAAAGUAUUCAGGGGUCAUCUGAGUGGAGUAUCUUGUCUCCAGUUCGAUGAUAAUGUCCUUGCUACUGGAUCCCGUGAUUUUACCAUCAAAAUAUGGAAUCUUGAGAAGGCAGAGUGUAUUCGCACGCUCCGAGGACACAGGUCUGGUGUCGAAGCUCUUCAGUUUGACAACCAAAAACUCAUCAGUGGGAGUCUUGACAAGACUAUACGUGUUUGGAAUUGGCGAACAGGAGAAUGUAUUAAUCAAUACCUAGCUCAUGAGUCUGGGGUCAUUGCUCUUAAUUUCGUGGGUAACUUACUUGCUUCUGGAUCAAUGGAUACAACUAUAAAGGUCUGGAACUUUGAGGAUAAAUCUGUAUUUGCUCUUCAUGGUCAUACAGACUGGGUCAAUGCCAUAAAGGUGGAUGAGGCUUCACGGACUCUUCUUUCUGCUUCUGACGAUCGAUCUAUACGUCUCUGGGAUCUUGACAACCACCAAACUAUUCAGGUUUUCGAUGGACACGUAGGACAAGUACAACAGGUUUCAUUUUUACCCAAAGAGUUUGAGUUUGAUCAUAUUGAUGGCUCAGAGCCAGAGAAUGGUAGUAUUAUAAGCAUUACUUCCGAUACUCAAUCUCGCUCCUCUACUCUACCAUCAACUUGGUAUGAUAUAUGGCCAGCUACAAGGCCAAAGCCUCCACGCUACAUACUUACCGGAGCUCUAGACUGUACAGUACGCCUAUGGGAUGUAUCCACUGGUUUGUGCCUUCGGACUUUUUUUGGCCAUCUAGAGGGAAUUUGGGCGCUUGCAGCUGACACACUUCGAGUUGUCACAGGAGCUGAAGAUAAGCUGCUUAAGGUCUGGGAUAUUCGCAGUGGAAGAUGCGAGAAAACAUUUUCGGGCCACGUUGGGUCUAUAACUUGCAUUGGACUAAGCGAUAGUCGGAUGUGCACAGGCAGUGAGGAUUCAGAAGUAAGAAUGUACAGCUUCAAACAUGAAGAAAGCAGAACUAUCUCCACCAUGCCAACCAGUAUAGAAGACUUUACAUAA